CAAUCAAAUAUGAUUCAUCCCUUCGGCUCGUGUUGGGCCGGUCCAACUUAUUUAUUUAUUUAUUUAUUUUUACGCCUUUUUUUUGUGUCUGAAGUCUGAACCGGUGGAACGACCAGUUGUAAUUCUAAGGCACCCCCAGCUUGUUAACUUAUUACUAGGGUGUGCAUGCCCAAACGGGAAGGCGAAGGAGGAGGAAAAGAGGGGAUGGGCCUCGUCUCGGAAUACGAUAUCUGGAAGCAAAUCGACGAUGCCGAGCGCUGUCUAGUUGGCAACAUGUUUGAGGAUGCAGCAGCCUUGGCUUCUUCCAUUGUUCGGAAUAUUCAGACUGCUCAAUUAGAACAUGUUGUGGAUGAUAUUCAAUUGGUUGAAAUGACCGAAGCUGCUGGUAUGGUACUUAUACAGUCACUGAAGGAACUGGGGAGGGCUAGCAUGCAAAUAACAGAAGGGUUUACAUCCAAUCUUGGCGCAAUCUUUGAGGAUUACCUUGCUAAGUGGAAAUGUACAAAUGGUGGCAUUUAUAUUUUAACAGAAGAAGGAGAAGAAGACUGUCGGUGCAUACGGCAGUGUGUACUGUCUACUGAAGAUUAUUUGGAUGUGGCAGAGCUUUACACCAUAACACUCCUUGGGAUGGUCUUAAAUGAGACUGAACUUGCUAUAUCUUGGACAGAGGGAGCAGAAUUGCGUGAAGAAGAUCGGCAGGACUUACUGAGGAGAUUGUACUCAUUGCAAUCUACUGCAAACCAUAGAUCUUCUGCAGGUUUGGCGGAAAAACAAGCAACAAAGGAGAGCCAUCCUUCUUCAGCCAUAAAUGCCUCAAAGGUUGAAGAAUAUCCCAAGACCAUCCAACCACACUUUUUGUCAAGUGGGGAUAAGUUAAAAGCAGGCCCUAUAAAAUCCCUUCAUCCAUCCAUCCGACGGAUUGACCCUUGCUUUUGGUGGUUUCGGACAGUCCGGAUUAAAUUUGGCAGAGUGCAGCUAGUGCUUCCGGGUGCAAAGUUGCUGCUUAUUGUCUCAUUGAUCUUUUCGGCUUACUAUAUUCUUCGAAAGCGAGGAAUUAUAUUGAAGAGGUUAGUGUCGAGACAACUAUUAUCUUUGAGAAAAGCGUUGGUUGAUGCUUGGGGGCUUGCUUUCUCAAUCCAGAUGAACCCACUGGCUGCUGUUCAACAGCUACCCUCCGCUCCCCAAAGAAGCUGGAUACGCCAGGGCAUCGAGGAUUGUCAAGCAGUGAUAAAUCGACUUGGUCCAGUUCCCCCUCUUACGGAAACUCUACUGUCAAAAGCUAUGUCUGCCCCGCUGGGUUUACUCUGAUGAUUUCUGAAGUGCGGACAUUUCAUAGACAUUUUGUACCCCCGGGUUGACUAUCUGACUACUGAAGUCAGGACAUUUUGUGUGCCUCUUUAUGUUUUUAAGCUCUUCUUUUCUGCUUUUCUCUUACCUCUUAGGUUGCUGCCCACACUAUAUCACCUUGCAUCCUGUUUAUGUACUUCUCUUUUUUCAAUGCAUGCUCCCCUUUUUCUUUCACUUUUUUUUGGGCUAUCUUUGUUCCUGCUUGCGCAUGGUCCUUAUUUAUACUUCAUAACUAAACUCUCUUUAUGCAUCAUACUGGGAUUCCUAAAGUAGAGUACUGUUGUGGACAAUUUUAAAUCCGAUAUUUUGU